AUGGCCCGUCUCGCCGCCGUCUCCGUGCUCGUUGCCCUGCUCGCCGCCGCCGUUGUGGUCACGGCGCAGGCACCGGCCGCGUCACCGAAGAUGGUCCCCAUGCCCGCGCCGCCAAGCAAGAAACCCACUCCAGCUCCGUCGCCAUUGGCCUCCCCGCCGGCUCCAUUUGCGGGGACACCAGCCUCCUCCCCCGAGCUGGCCUCGGGCCCCGCAGGCGCCGGCUUCGACGCGUUCUCCCCCGCAGCCGGCGGUCUCUUGACCCCGGCCACCGCCCCCGCUGCCUCGGAGAAGAGCGCCGCCGGUGCCGUCCACGCCGCGGCCAGCUUCGUCGCCGUCACCGGCGCGCUGGUGGCUGCCGCUGUCCUGUUCUAG